UUGUCGGUGGAGGAAGAGAAAGACGGUUCAGAGAUGGCUCUGUUGGUGAAAAACAGGGAGAAUGUGGUGAUGGCGGUGGUAUUAUAUGGAAGAAAUACCAUUACAACACUGAAGGAAUGGAUAAAGGAAACGAUGACGUUUGUGGAGGAAUAGAGGUGGGACUUGGAGAUGGUGCUGUGGUGGGAAUGCAGGGAAAAUGUGAUAGCAAUGAAGACGAAAGGAGAGGAGAUCGUUGUACUGGAGGAAGAGAAGGAGAUGGCACUGUCAAAACAGCGCAGCCAGAAUAUGUUGAUGGUGGCAGAAUGCGGACAUGAGAUUAUAUCAAAAGAGAGAGAAUUACGAAAAGACAGAACAGCGAAAGAGGACAAAGACUGAGCGUAGAUGAUGGCGACAGACACAGAACAGAUGCUGUUGAUGGAGAUGGACAGAACCUGAUGGUGGGCAUCGUUGCAGAUGUUACCAAUGUGCAGAACGGCCAUUCCAACAUCAUAGUACAUCAAACAGUACAUGUCAAGAAUCUGACUGUAAUGCCAAGACGUGUUGGAAGAAGAAGGAAGCUUCGGCCAAGGUCACGGAUGGUAGCCACAAGAUGUACACAGACUGUUGGUGAGGGGGCCAAGGUCACGCGAAAUACAGACACGGUUGAUGAGGUGGCCAAGGUCACGCGACGUUCACAGACUGUUGGUGAGGUGGCCAAGGUCACGCGACAUACACAGACUCUUGGUGAGGUGGCCAAUGUCACGCGACAUACACAGACUGUUGGUGAGGUGGCCAAGGUCACACGACGUACACAGACUGUUGGGGAGGUGGCCAAGGUCACACGUCAAACCAAGUCUGUGAGGCGCUACUUGAGGCCACACUGCCAAGAUCAGAAGGUCAAAAACAAUCUCACGAUUUGGUUCCACGUUUUAGUUCAAAUCGAGAUCCUGGUGGUCCUGAUCGUGAUGGUGUUCAUGCAGCAUUAAUUCAAUCCGAACAUUUGCUGCAUAUAAACGCGUGCGCAGGAGGGUGUAUAACAAUUCAAGAGUGUGUUAUAUGCCGGAAAUGUGUAAAACAGUUGUUUCACUUGAAAUAGGUAUACGACGAGUUGAUUUUGCAAGUAAUAUUACAAAAAUAGAAUUCAGAUUGAAUUCAUACCUUCCGAAAAAAUAUUUAUGAGAUUUAUGUUCAACUAAGUGAUCUACCUAUUUGUAAACCACAUUUUCAAGUUCAACAUUUUGCCUGGAUAUCUUCCAAUGAAAUGUUAAA